AUGGCCAAGCAAUCCCGUGGUGCCCCUGGUGGCAAGCUCAAGAUGACCCUGGGUCUUCCCGUGGGUGCCGUCAUGAACUGCGCCGACAACUCAGGUGCUCGUAACCUGUACAUCAUCUCCGUCAAGGGUAUCGGUGCUCGUCUGAACCGUCUCCCCGCCGGUGGUGUCGGUGACAUGGUCAUGGCCACCGUCAAGAAGGGAAAGCCUGAGCUGCGAAAGAAGGUCCACCCCGCUGUCAUCGUCCGACAGGCCAAGCCCUGGAAGCGAUUCGACGGUGUCUUCCUGUACUUCGAGGACAACGCUGGUGUCAUCGUCAACCCCAAGGGUGAGAUGAAGGGCUCUGCCAUCACCGGCCCCGUCGGCAAGGAGGCUGCUGAGCUGUGGCCCCGUAUUGCCAGCAACUCCGGUGUCGUCAUGUAA